UCAACUCGAUUAGUACAUUUCAGGUCAGAAGCCUCAUCGUCGUCUUCAAGUGAAGAAGAGGAACCGAAAUUAAAGCGCAGUAAACGUAAACGUAAGGAGGAAGAAGAACUGAACCGACGAAGGAAGAAACUGAAUGCAGCAGAGUUGGAAAAAAUUGAUGCUGCGGCGGCUGGUGGUGACGACAACGUGUUCAAAUGGGCUGACUAUUUCGGUGAGAACAACACACUGUUUGUGGUGGAUGCGAAGAAGAAAGGGAAUGUCGGAAGAUUCCUGAAUCAUUCAUGUGAUCCAAAUGUUCAAGUGCAGCAUGUUUUCGUUGACACUCACGAUCUCCGUUUACCAUGGUCGUCGUUCUUCGCCAUUCGAAAUAUUAAGGCCGGAGAGGAAUUGUGCUGGAAUUAUGGUUACUCGCCAGGAUGCACUUGA